GGAACUUUACCACUUUUAUAUGUUGCACGCAUUCGUAGCAGAAACAGAAGGCAAGCGGAGUACUAAAAACGCUACAAACAGCAGCAGCAGAAGAAGAAGGAGAACAGGGUGGAGACAAGAGAAAGCUCAUCCUCUGAACCCCCACGGUAAAAAUAUGCUGAAAGUGCAGAAGACGAAGAAGAGGACCAUGGUGCUCACAGUGAUGUAGCCACAUACACUUUGUGCAUACAGAGAGAGACAGAGAGAGAGGGUGAACAAGUAGAGGAAGUCCAUCGUGAGCAUUCAAGCGUGUGCCUUUGGAUCUGCAUGCGCUGACAGGUUUCUUCUGCUUCAUAGAAACCAAAAGCUUGGUCCUUUACAGUCUUUGCGGGUUUCCUGUCUUGUUUGAUGCUUCUCUUCUGGUAAAAGGAAAUCAGCCCAUCUCCUUCUUUAGGAGCUGCAACAGUUCUGCAUAUUGGUGGUUGUUCUUGAAAAACCAAGAGAGAGUUUUUUUCUGUUUAAAAGACUGUAUUUCGUUCUUGGUUUCGUUUUUCCUUAGAUGAAGGCCACUCCUUUAGGGGUGGUGUUGGAUUUUUCCGCUUCUUCAGAUUCAUCCCCAAAGGACCACCACCACCACCACCACCACCGGCACCACAACCAAGAAGAGCACCAGCAGUGGCUGAGCGCCGAAACCCCGAGAAGCAAAUCGGGGAAUUUCUUUGUAGGCAGUGAGAAAUCCUCUUUUCUUGAAAUCAGAAGAAGCCCAAGCCCUCAACCGUCCUCUACACUGUCUUCCUCUCUCAACAGCAGCGGCUGCGCUGGCGCCUCGACCGACACAACCGGGGCGGCGGCUGCGGCCGCGGCCUCGGGCAACAACACGCCUCGGGGUGCUGCUCUAGGAAAAUGUGGGAUGGGAGCGGAGGAUUGGGAAGCUGUUUUGCCUGAGAAUGGUCAAGAGCAGUCAAUUUUGAGGCUGAUAAUGGGCGACAUUGAGGACCCAUCCGUUGGGCUGAGCAAGCUGUUGCAGAGCACUGGUGGGUCUCAAGAAUUGGAAUUCGGUACAGGUUUUGGGGUGCUGGAUCAAGGUUUCAGCUUUGAACCUUUGACUAGCUCCAAUUUGAACAUUGAGACUUCUCUGCAUGAUUCUGGCUCCGAUUUCCCUCUCAGUGGCUCAAAUGUUCACGGCAACAAUCAACAGCAGGAUGGAUCUCUAGAUGGAAAGGCAAUGGUUUUUGAUUCCCAAGCAAUAGUUAAUCAGAACCAGGCACCGUAUUCCCAAAAUCCUUCCUUUUUUGUGCCAUUGGGGCAUAACCAGAUGCAAGAUCACGAUCUGUUGUCACUGCCGCCUCCAAAAAGGCUGAAUUCUGGCCCCGGUGGACCGAAUUAUUCGAGUUCAAGAACAGGGUUGUUGAAUUCAGGACAGGAUAUGUUCGUUCGGCGUCAAGAGCAGUAUCACUUGCAUCCUCAGCAGUUUCAGCAGAGGCUUGAGCCUCCUGCAAUGAAACAGAAGAUGGUAAGUGAUGAAUUACCAAACCACCAGGUUCAGCAGGCGAUAGUUGACCAGCUUUAUAAGGCUGUGGAGCUGAUCGAAUCGGGGAACCCGGUACUCGCGCAAGGGAUAUUGGCGCGGCUCAAUCACCAGCUCUCUCCUAUUGGUAAGCCUUUUCUCAGGGCUGCCUUUUAUAUCAAGGAGGCUUUGCAGUUGCUCCUCCAAACUAAUUCGACCAAUCCUCUGGCGUUUUCGCCUUUUAGUUUGAUUUACAAGAUUGGUGCUUAUAAGUCUUUCUCCGAAAUCUCUCCUGUCCUUCAAUUUGCAAACUUUACUUGCAACCAAGCCUUUCUUGAAGCAUUGGAAGGAUAUGAUAAAGUUCACAUAUUGAGUUUUGAUGUUGGGUAUGGUGGGCAAUGGGCUUCUUUGAUGCAAGAACUUGCUUUACGGAACAAAGGCUCUUGCUCGCUCAAGAUUACUGCUUUCGCAUCUCCUAUGAUCCAUGACGAGCUCGAGCUGGGCCUCACGCAAGAGAAUCUUAAGCAUUUCGCAAACGAACUGAAUAUCAACAUAGAAUUUGAAGUUGUGAAUAUUGAGGCUUUAAGUUCAAGUUCUUGGCCACAGCCCCUUAACGUAUUGGAUGGUGAGGCUAUUGCUGUGAACCUUCCAAUUGCUUCCUUUUCGACUCACCCGUCGAUUCUGCCUUCAGUGCUUCGAUUUAUAAAGCAACUGUCACCAAAAAUUGUGGUAUCAUUGGAUAGAAGUUGCGACCGAAUCGAUGCUCCAUUUCCCCAACAUGUAGUCCAAGCCCUCAUUAGUUAUUCCAGCUUGCUCGAAUCUCUUGAUGCCCUGAAUGUGAACUUUGAUGUUAUGCAAAAGAUUGAAAAGUACUUUCUUCAACCUGGCAUCGAGAAAAUUGUAAUGGGUCGGCACCGAUCACCAGAGAAGACCCAUUCAUGGAGGUCACUGUUUUUGUCAUCCGGGUUCUCCCCAUUAGCAUUUAGUAAUUUCAACGAGUCUCAAGCUGAGUGCCUUGUGCAGCGGACCCCAGUUCGGGGUUUCCAUGUGGAGAAGAGACAGCAUUCACUUGUGCUCUGCUGGCAGCGAAAAGAGCUUGUAUCUGUUUCUGCUUGGAGAUACUGAGGAGCUGCAUCCUGCGAAUUUGGUCUGCAGAUUAGAGUUCCUCGUGAAGGUGACUCGUAACUCAGCACCUUUAGUUUCUGAUAUUUUCCUUUUUUGUUUUUCUUUUUAAUCCUUGGUGAUGGCUCUAGUAUGCUAAUUGCAUAUGCAGUUUAGGUCUUAGUGUCUCCAAUUAAAGACCAAAGAAUUCAGUGCAUGGAUCAGUCUUCACUGUUUAGUACUUUAUUGUGAUAUGGGUGUUUGUAUGUCGUUUAUCCCAUCUUCUUGGGUGUAACUGAUUGUUGUACACUUUGAGAACAAUGCUAUUCGAGAUAUUGACAAGAAAAGAAUUUAAUCUCUAAAA